AUGAAGGCCACUCCGUUACUCAUCGCGUGGCACAACGACAAUGCCCCCAUUUAUUCGGUCCAUUUCGACCCCAAUGGCAAGGGUCGCCUGGCUACAGCUGGAAACGACAACAAUGUCCGCCUUUGGAAGGUGGAGACCGUUGGCAAUGAGCGAAAAGUGUCAUAUUUGAGCACACUGGUGAAACAUACACAAGCUGUCAAUGUUGUCCGGUUCAGUCCAAAGGGCGAGAUGCUGGCAUCGGCCGGAGACGAUGGAAAUGUUUUGCUGUGGGUUCCCUCAGAACUACAAACCCAGCCUGGAUUGGGAGAAGAUCGAUCCGACGACAAGGAAACAUGGAGGGUGAAGCAUAUGUGUCGGUCCUCCGGUGCUGAGAUAUAUGACUUGGCGUGGUCUCCAGAUGGAGUUUUUAUCAUUACUGGAAGCAUGGAUAACAUCGCUCGAAUCUACAAUGCACAGACUGGUCAAAUGGUGCGUCAAAUCGCGGAACAUUCGCAUUAUGUGCAAGGAGUAGCCUGGGAUCCCCUCAACGAAUUUGUGGCGACACAGUCCUCCGACCGGUCUGUUCAUAUUUACAGCUUGAAGACGAAAGACGGCCAAUUCACCCUCACCUCUCAUGGGAAAUUCUUCAAGAUGGACCUACCCGCAAGGCGGAUUUCGCGCACCAGCCCUGCACCCCCGGAUCUCUCCAUCCGAUCACAGCCAGCGACCAGUAACUCUAUGGCCAUUGCUUCUCCCGUUCCGUCUACCCCGGGGACGCCGAUGACCUCACAUUUGCCAAUGGACCCUCCCCCAAUGUCACACAGUCGACGAUCAUCUUUUAGCUCGUCGCCAAAUAUCCGCCGCUCCGCGUCUCCAGCACCAUCACUACCUCUACCUGCCGUCAAACCUCUAGAAGUGACAUCGCCGGGAUUAGGUGGACUGGGCGUUAGAAAUGCGAACAUCUACGCCAAUGAAACAUUUACCUCUUUCUUCCGGCGACUGACAUUCGCACCCGACGGAAGUUUACUGUUCACACCAGCAGGCCAGUACAAAACGUCACAUGCCUCCUCAGCAGAUCCCGGAAAGUCGAUAGACGAGAUCACGAACACUGUCUACAUCUAUACCCGCGCGGGUUUCAACAAACCUCCUAUUUCCCAUCUUCCUGGCCACAAAAAGCCUUCAGUGGCAGUCAAGUGCUCUCCGGUCUUUUACACAUUACGAAAGGCCCCCGAACCAUCUAAACAUAUCACUUUGGAUACCUCAUCUGGGGAAGAGCCAUCUCGCUCAAUUGACGCGGUGGUAAAUACCGCAGAGCCUCCAACGCCCAAGCUCAACGCUGGUGACACGAAGAAUGGUACAUUAGCCAAACCCUCGGGAGGUGAAGCCGCUUCUGCAAACAGUGCGCCGCCCCCUGUGUUCGCCUUGCCAUAUCGAGUGGUAUAUGCCGUUGCUACACAAGAUGCGGUUUUGGUGUAUGAUACUCAGCAACAAGCGCCGCUCUGCAUUGUUAGCAACUUGCAUUUCGCUACGUUUACUGAUCUGGCGUGGUCGAACGAUGGCUUGACGUUGAUCAUGAGUUCCUCAGAUGGGUUCUGCUCUGCACUAUCCUUUGCUCCAGGCGAGCUGGGACAGCCAUAUACCGCACAAAUAACGGCCCCACCAAGUGCUUCUGCAGCACAACCAACAUCUGCACUGCCCACCCCAACGCAUGCAACUGGGGCUGUUCCCGCUCCAAAUACUGUCCCCCCACCACCCGCAAGCCCUGCGCGAUCCAACUCUGUAUCGUCAAUCGCAACACAGCGCGCGUCACAGCAAGCAGAAGUUAUCAACAAUCCUACCCCAACCCUCGGGUCGGUGCCGUUAGUAACUGCAACCCACUCAGCGCAGCCUCCAGCUACUCUGCCGCUUACCACGCCACCUGAGACUCCGAUGUCUGCCGUUUCCCAGAGCGAGAGCAACGCCGGCAGCACCGUCCUCGGUAAGCGGAGUGAAUCUGAAAAAGAAGGGAGCCAGGACGCCCCAGCAGAACCAGCGCAGCCACCAAAGAAGCGACGAGUAGCGCCAACCCUGAUAUCAGUGGGAACAGGCUCAGCACCGAAAGAGGAGCCCUCCAACACCGACGUCGGGGGUUAG